AUGGCGGUCUCCAUAGGAGUUAAAGUUCCCCGUUAUUUUCACUUGUUGGAAGAACUUGAAGAACGACAAAAAGGAGUAGGCGACGGUACAGUUAGCUGGGGCCUUGAAGAUGAUGAAGAUAUGACACGUACAAGGUGGACAGGCAUGAUUAUUGGGCCGCCAAGGACAAAUUAUGAAAACAGAAUAUAUAGCCUGAAAGUAGAAUGUGGACCUAAAUACCCCGAAGCUCCUCCAUCAGUUAGAUUUGUAACAAAAAUUAGUAUGAAUGGAGUAAAUAAUUCCAGUGGGAUGGUGGAUGCCCGGAGCAUACCAGUGUUAGCAAAAUGGCAAAAUUCAUAUAGCAUUAAAGUUGUACUUCAAGAGCUAAGACGUCUAAUGAUGUCCAAAGAAAAUAUGAAGCUUUCACAGCCCCCAGAAGGACAAACAUACAACAAUUAA